AUGUGUUCUUUGUCUCCAUGCGCUGAAUCCUACGUGUGCCACGUCACGGACAAGCCAAAGGGGCAGCCGCAGCGGCUGCCCGGCUACCCGCAGGAAGAACACAACGCCAACCUCAACACGUCAAAGACUGAGGUACUCUCCUACCUGUCCGUCAGCAGCCAUGCACCAGCCAGUGAACUCAAGGGCAGCGGCGUAGAGAAUGCCUCCACGAGCGGCAGCGGCUCUUCAGACGAGGCGCCGGCGGCGAGCAUCUUAGGUACGGAAGGGAUGGCGCCUGUGGCUACUUCAGAGUCCGCAGUGAGGACUACCAUGACCACGGAGGCACUUUUGGUCUUUCCACCCCAGCCGCUGCCUGCCGAGGAGCAGGUGCCUCCGGUCUACGCAGAGGCUGAGGAAGCCCGCGGGAAGGCGGCAGAGCGAGUCACCCACAUGUCUGCCGAGGAGCUUUCCUCCUCCGACCGCGGCGGCAUGGCGGCGCUGGUGAAGCCCUUCACUGGCGCAACUACGUCAUCGGAGCGCAUUUCGGCUGUCGAAGGGGGUUCUCCUGGUAUUCCAGUGGCACCGUGCUGUUCCUCGGACCCGACGCAGGGGCCAGCAGUGUCGAACAGCAUUGCAGAGGCUGCGUCGCGCUUGACGGAGAGGGAGAACGAUAGAUCUCGUGUGCUGUUGGGGCCUAUCUCCAACGCGUACGUCAGAGGCUAUACUCUGAGCCAGACGGCCUCUUCCUCGUCGCCGCGCUCGCCGCCAGCCCACCUGGUAGUACACCGCUGCACACCCGAGCGGUCGACGGGGCCGAUGUGGGGUACAACACCAGUAAGCCCCACGGGCGCUGUGCAGUGUGAGAAGCUAGUGCACUUGCCUGUCGGAUCGAAGAAAAAGUAUGAGCUGCUUAGUGGCAGCUCCAGGACGACACCGCGCGGAACAACCUCCAGCGUGCCAGCCCUCACCUUCACGUCGCGGUCGAUGCCAGCCUCCACUCAUGCGCCAAUCGUGUCGAGCAUGACGGGCUCUACGACGGCAAUGGUUGUAGUGCCGACGGAGGCAUCACUCCAGGCGACGCAUCCAUCGGAGGACACCAUGAAGGACCUGGUCAGUCACCUGGACCGCCACUCGUUCGGAUUUCAUCUCCGCGAGAUGUUUCAGCGCGCUGACUUUGCAGGCAUGCAUUGUGAGGUUCGCCGUGGUGUGCGAGAGAGUACCGCCUUGCAGGAGUACCGACGUCUCUUUCGUGUCCUCGCCAAGAACAAAGACUCCAUGAGUGUGGAAGAUUUGCAUGAGCUGCUGUUGAUCUUCACGCCGUGCGGCGUGUCACUUCGAGAGGGGGCGGACUUUUUGUGGGAAAACUGCGGAGGCAAGUCGUCCUUGACUUUCCGCGACUUCCUGCAGUACGGGCCGGCGCUUCGCGCGCGCCUGCAGGACUACGAAGUUUUUGAACGACUGCCGAUCCAGCAGAAGCUGAUCACCACGCACGCACGCGUCCUGCCGGGUGUGUCGCCCUCGAAGGCCAACCCAGCGCGGUUGCAGCUACUGCGCGUAGCCGAGCAACAGGUGCAGGGCCAGCUACCGCGGCACACUCGUCCGCUACGCUUGUAUGAGGAAAUAUUCCUCGUCGACUACCAGCAGCGACUCCACGACGCAGCGCUUAUUCCGGCGAGCGACGUUCCACCACAACGACUGAAGAGCGACUACGCGCACGAGUAUGGUCAACAGCAGUACACGCGACCGCUUCCCCCGCUGCCGCAGCUCUCGGUACCCGUCUUAAUGAAGGAGGACAUGGUAUGGUGUCACACAGAGGCGGUGUGCUCUCCCAACAGCGACGCAAGCGAGGCGGCCAGGCAUGCUGCAGCGGUUGGGAAGCCAGCUACGGUGUUGCACGGUAAGAGUGAGCACCAGGCAGUGUCGCGAAACAACCGCCUCGCGGAUGCGACCAAGGCUCCAGGCAAGGCAGGCAGUCGCACGGCGAGCAAGAAAAAAAAUGGGCGGGGCAGAGAGAGGGUGUGCGCAGCGUCAAGCAUGGGCGCCGGAGCGACAUACGGCGACAGCAGUCGUCAGACUGGGUUGGUUUUAGAGCGCUCUGCGGUCGUCGUGCCGCAUCAGCCUCGCCCGCAGGAGCAAAAAAAGAUGGGGCGAUUUGUCGAGGAGGAGUACUGGGAGCGGCGCAUCAUGGAUGACCACCUCAUCACUCAGCUUCAGUCGAUGUACAGGACGCCAUAG